GGGGCCGGAGAGUAGUGGGGAGGGGACGCAACAGGAAGUGUGGAACGUAUGCGGAGUGACCGCGGCCGAUGCUGUAAAUAUUGACUCGUUCGCUGUAAAGGAGAAAGAUGGAUGCCACUGUGAUUUUACCAAUACUAAAAAAGAAAUUGGCUUUCCUUUCAGGAGGAAAGGAUAGAAGAAGCGGCCUCAUUCUGACAAUCCCACUGUGUUCAGACCAGACAAAUAUGGAUGAGCUGAGCGUUACCCUGGACUACCUACUAAGCAUCCCAAGUGAUAAGUGUAAAGCCCGGGGGUUUACGGUAAUUGUGGAUGGAAGGAAAUCGCAGUGGAAUGUAGUAAAGACUGUUGUUGUCAUGCUCCAGAAUGUUGUACCAGCUGAAGUGUCUCUAGUCUGUGUUGUCAAGCCGGACGAGUUCUGGGAUAAGAAAGUGACACACUUCUGUUUCUGGAAAGAGAAGGACCGACUAGGCUUUGAGGUUAUUCUUGUGUCCGGGAACAAGCUUACCAGAUACAUAGAACCUUCACAGCUCACAGAAGAAUUUGGAGGAAGCCUUACCUAUGACCACAUUGACUGGUUGAACAAAAGGCUUGUAUUUGAGAAGUUCACAAAAGAAUCGACAUCAUUGCUGGAUGAACUUGCUGUUAUCAACAAUGAGAGCGAUAAGGGGAAUCAGAAUGAAAAAGACAGGUCAAUGGAUUUCAAUUAUCUUCCCUCUGUUGAUCCAGAAACGGUUCUACAAACAGGUCAUGAGUUGCUAUCUGAACUUCAGCAGCGGCGGUUCAAUGGGUCAGAGGGAGGCGUUUCAUGGUCUCCAAUGGAUGAUGAGCUUUUGGCUCAGCCUCAGGUUAUGAAACUUCUCGAUUCCCUGCGAGAGCAAUACACUCGUUACCAAGAAGUGUGCAGGCAGCGAAGUAAGCGCACACAGCUUGAUGAAAUCCAGCAAAAGGUUAUGCAGGUUGUAAACUGGCUGGAAGGACCUGGGUCGGAACAGAUGAGAACCCAGUGGGGUAUUGGAGAUUCCAUAAGAGCAUCUCAAGCCUUACAACAGAAGCAUGAGGAGAUUGAGAGUCAGCACAGUGAAUGGUUUGCUGUGUAUGUGGAACUGAACCAACAGAUUGCAGCGCUCCUGAAUGCUGGUGAUGAAGAGGAUCUGGUGGAGUUGAAGGGGUUACAGCAGCGACUCAGUGAUGUCAGUUACAGGCAGGCCAGCCAGCUAGAAUUUCGGCAAAACCUUUUACAGACGGCGCUAGAAUUUCAUGGUGUUUCUCAAGAGUUGUCGCAGCAAUUAGAUGGCCUGCUGGGGAUGCUGUGUGUUGAUGUGGCCCCUACAGAUGGAGCAGCAAUUCAACAAACAUUAAAACUGCUUGAGGAGAAGCUGAAAAGUGUUGACACUGGUCUUCAGGGCUUACGUGAGAAAGGUCAGAGUCUGCUUGAUCAAAUUUCAAAUCAAGCUUCUUGGGCCUAUGGGAAGGAUGUCUCCGGUGAAAACAAGGAAAAUGUAGAUCAUAUUCAGGGAGUAAUGGAGGACAUGCAGAUGAGGAAGCAGAGGUGUGAAGAUAUGGUGGACGUCCGAAGGUUAAAAAUGUUACAGAUGGUCCAGCUGUUUAAAUGUGAAGAAGAUGCAGCACAAGCAGUAGACUGGUUAAAUGAAUUACUAGAUGCCUUGUUAAAGACGCACGUGAGACUGGGAGACGACAGUCAAGAAACAAAAAUUUUAAUAGAAAAGCACCGAAAAUUUGUGGAUGUAGCUCAGAGUACAUAUGAUUACGGGCGACAGUUACUGCAAGCCACAGUUGUAUUGUGUCAGUCUCUGAGAUGUUCAUCAAGGUCAUCGGGGGACACACUUCCGAAGCUCAACAGAGUAUGGAAGCAGUUUACGAUAACCUCAGAAGAGAGGGUUCACCGGCUGGAAAUGGCACUUGCGUUUCACUCUAAUGCCGAAAAGAUCUUACAAGAAAGUCCAGACCUUCCCGAAUCUGUGCUGGAUUUUGAACAAUUUGAUGAAGUUGAAGCUGUUGGGAAAUCGUUGCUGGAUAGGCUAACAGUGCCUGUAAUUUAUCCUGAUGGAAGUGAACAGUAUUUUGGAAGCCCAAGUGACAUGGCCUCCACAGCAGAACACAUCAGGGAGAGAAUCAAGAUGGUCUGUCUGAAAAAACAGCAACUGCUAGAGCCUGAUGUGUCCAUAAGAGAGAGUUAAGAGAGACCGGACUGUGAUUUUUUCCCCAUAAGCUACAGCAUGUGGUCAUACAUUGAAAUGCAUUUCACAACCAUCUCAUGAAGCAGCAUCUUCUCAUCCCGAAACAUUGCUCUGCGUAUUGUAACACAUCUAUAAAGCCUUACUUAUAUACUGUGCUGUGAAAUCAUCAAGUGUAUUACACAGUGUAGUGCUGCACUCGACACUACCUUUAGGCCCUUUAAAAGGGCCCCGAAACGCGUGGCUGGAUAAUAAUAAUCUAAAGCCCUCUGGAAGCAGAUGGGUUAAAAAAGCUUUACCUUAUUUGGUAGUUCUGUUACUAGGUAAGCAGCUGGCAAAUGCUUUUCAAUGGUGCUACCUAAAAUGAAGGAUUCUCCAUGAUCAUUAGAAGGCGGUGGAGACGUAUAUGAAAAGUGCUGUCCCUGAGUCGAUAACGUAGUCUUUGUAGGACGUGGGUUGUUCUUAGGAUGUAGCGUACUUCUUCUUGUCUUAAUAUCUAAAGACAUUUCAUUUUUUAUUGUGCCAUUAUACAACUUGUCCAUGAAAUCUUUGAUAUAUCAUGUUCAUGAAUCAAAUGUUUUCUUACUUGUAUGGGACAAUGUAUUUAAGCUGUUUGUGCUGAAUAAACCAUCUUUUUAAGGUUGGA